AUUGGUUAAAAGUGUUGUGUUUUUGUUGUCGUCUUUUCAGACAAUUUUGUCCACAAAAACAAACGUUUUCUUCUCGUUUCACGCAUUCAUUGGAUCUGAUCUUAAGGUGACAGUUGUGGACAUGGAUUACCUCGAGUACAACGACUCGUCCAAAGAGGAGAGGGGAUCGAUGAUCUUAGGGCGACUGAAGUUAACGAACAGUCAAGUGAUCUUCAAGAGCAGCAAAACGGGAAAAGUGGAGACAAUCACGGGUUCAGACGUGGAGUCCAUCACUUGGCACCGGAUGGCCGGCGAGUGGGCCCUACGGGUGAUGACCGCCAGCGGACACAUGUAUCGCUUCGGAGGCUUCAAUGAAUCGGAUUACGAGAAGUUGGGAAAGUUCUUCGACAAACAGUAUGGACUCGAACUCAAAACGCGUGAUAACAGUCUUCGGGGCUGGAAUUGGGGAACCGCUGCCUUCGACGGCGCUGUCCUCGGCUUUGACGUGAAGAAGUCUGAGCGAGCCUUUGAGGUGCCGCUCAUGAAUGUGAGCCACUGUACGACCGCUAAGAAUGAGGUGACCCUUGAGUUCCACCACAACGACGACGCGCCCAACAGUUUGAUGGAAAUGCGUUUCCACAUCCCGACCAUCGAUGGCGUGGAUCCGGUCGCGAGUUUUAUGGAACAGGUGUUGGACAAGGCGUCCAUCAUUCAGGCCACGGGCGACGCGAUCGCCACAUUCAAAGAGCUGCAAUGCCUGACACCCAGAGGUCGUUAUGAUAUCAAGAUAUUCCCGACUUUCAUACAAUUGCACGGAAAGACAUUUGAUUACAAGAUUCCCAUCACUUCUGUGUUACGACUCUUCCAAUUGCCGCACAAAGACAGUCGACAAAUGUUUUUUGUCAUGUCUUUGGAUCCGCCCAUAAAACAGGGACAGACGAGGUAUCACUUCCUCAUCCUUUUGUUCAACAAAGAGGAGGAAAUGUCACUCGAUUUGGGUCUCUCUGAACGCGAACUCAAAGAGAAAUACGACGGCAAACUGCAGACAACAAUGUCCGGACCCGUCAACGAAGUGUUGGCCAAAGUUAUGCGCGUUUUAGUGCAGCGGAAGAUCACAAUUCCCGACCCGUCCUUCUGUUCCCAGAAAGACGUUCCCGUAAUCACGUGCUCUUAUAGGGCGAGCGCUGGCCUAUUGUAUCCGCUGGACAGAGGCUUUAUGUAUGUCCACAAACCUCCCAUUCAUAUCCGUUUUGAAGAGAUUUUGUCGAUUAAUUUCGCCCGAAGUGGUGGUUCCACUCGUUCUUUCGACUUCGAAGUGGAGACCAAAUCGGGUUUCGUUCACACGUUUAGUUCCAUUGAAAAGGAAGAAUACUCUAAACUCUUUGACUUUGUGUCCAAAAAGAAUCUGAGAGUUAAGAACAGAGGAACUGAAGGCGAGAAGCGGUCCAAACAGAGAGUGGACGACGACUUAAUUGAUUCGGACGUCGAGGCAGAGCCCGACGCAUACCUACAGCGCGUCCGCGAAGAGGGAAGGAUUCGUACGCAAGGGGGCGAUGACUCCGAUGAGUCGGACGAGUCGUUCAAUCCGGGCCGAGAGAGCGACGACGUGGCCGAGGAGUUCGACUCCAAUGCUUCGGGCAGUGAUUCCGAUGAGUCAGACGCAGAGGGCGGCGGACACCACAAGAAGCCUAAGAAAGAGAAACCCAAAGAGAAGCCCAAGAAAGCGAAAAAAGAGAAGAAAGAGAAGUCAACGAAGAAGAAGAAAGAAGGAAAGGACGAGAAUCGGCCGAAGAGACCGAUGUCUGCGUACUUCUUGUGGUUCAACGACAAUCGGGAGAACAUAAAGAAGAAACAUCCGGGUAUUAGUAUGACAGAUAUGGCCAAAAAGGCAGGAGAACUCUGGAAAGAGAUGAAGGAUAAGACCAAAUGGGAUCAAAAGGCGGCCGAAGCCAAGAAGGCGUACGAAAAGGAGAUGGAAGAGUACAACGCCGGCAACUUUACCGCUAAACCCAAGACUUCAAAGUCGAAGUCCGAUUCUUCGCCGACGAAGAGUAACAGCAAGAAAAUCAAGUCUAAGGAAUACAUCAGCGAUUCGGACAGCAGUUCCGACGACUCGGGAUCUGAUUCGGCCGAUAAGAAGAAGAAGUCGAAGAGUAAGUCGAAAGACACGAAAAAGGAGGACAAGAAAGUGGACAAAAAAGCGGACAAAAAGAAGUCAAAGAAAGAGGAGUCAGACGUGGAAAUGGAUUCCAAAGAAGAGGAGAGCGCGGAGUCGACGCCCGCCUCUGACGCCGAUUCCGAUUAGAGAAUUGAUU